AUGCGUCAAAAUCUAGUUCGACCAACCCUAACAGAAGUAACCCCGUUAUUACAAAGUCAACGAGGCGGCACAUAUGUAAUUGUAAAUUUUCCCGACGCCAUCGACCAUGAUACUAAAGCUUACAAAAAUAUUGACAACCUUGGUAAGAGCGCGGACGAGAUAAAAGUUUCCCGCUGGAAAACUGUAAAAGCUAUUGCACAGUUAGUGGUGUUGUUUUGUGUGGCACUUGGCUUCGUGUAUAUCUCUGUACAGCUCUUAUUACCUCCGAUAGAACCGGGUAAACGUGAGCUUUUGAAAUUGCCUAGAAACGUUGAGGAACUCCGGGAUUUAAAAGAACUGUUGAGUUUCUAUAUGGAUAAUUUUUAUCCCCGAGUAUUGGCUGUCUUCGUCAUUAUAUAUAUUUUCUUGCAAACAUUUUCAAUACCAGGAAGCAUGUGGUUAUCAAUAUUGGGUGGUGCAUUGUUUGGUUUACCGGUCGCACUACCAGUUGUGUGCGCAUGUUGCACGAUUGGAUCCACCCAUUCUUAUCUAUUAUCCCAAAAAUUCGGCAAAGCAUUCAUGAAAGAACGAUAUGCCGACAAAUUGGACCAACUCGCGUCCCAUAUACAAACACAUUCCAGCAAUCUUCUCAACUACAUAGUUGUACUCCGUCUUUCACCAUUUCCGCCAAACUGGUUCGCCAAUCUGGCAGCACCCCACGUUGGCAUUCCACUGAAAACUUUUAUCCUUGGCACGUUCUUUGGGGUUGCUGGACCCUCAGUGAUUCACGUGCAAGCUGGUGAGACAAUAAAUACGAUGGCGAAUUCCUCGAAUUUUCACAUUUUUACCGUGGAGAAUGUGAGUGCAUUGGUGUUGAUUGGGCUUGCUGUGUUGAUUCCGGUGUUUUUGAGACGACGCAUUGAGCAGAAAGCGAAACGCGAAGCUUUAAAAAAUGGACUAUGA